UCAAAUUUAGUUGUGUUCUGGCGGCAUACGGCCGAUGCUCGCCGGAUCGUAGGCAUGCGUGGACCGAGCCCCCGGCGCGGCCCGCUGCGGCCCCACGGCCUCCUGCUAGUGUCUGCAGCCCUGGUACUCGCGAGCCCCGCGCUCGCAGCCCCACAAGAAACCACCCUACGCAAUCAUUUAAACAUUGUGUGCAUCCAACCCGAGUCACAGCUAUGCCUCACCUGGCCAGCCAGGCUGAAGAACACGCGGCGGAUAUUCGAGAGCCUGAGCAUGAGCUUGGAUGUGGAUAAGAACUGUGGCUACAGCGAUCUAACACCUGUGUCUGCGCGGUCUCAGUAUUUGAUUACGGUAACACCGCUAAAUUCGCUCCUGUCAACUCGCAACUUUCAUUGCAAGUCAAUCGGAACAAUAUCGGUGCCCGAUUCAGAGGAUGAUGGCAGUACGAGGGUCCGAAGGCAGACUGGGUACCCCCCGAGAGGGAAGUACCGCGGUCAAACGCAGUCUCAGUACCUGAGCAUCGACCGCGGCGCCGGCGGCGACGACGGCAAGGCCGAGGCGCGAUCCACGGCCGACGAAUCACAUGCCAGCGUCAGUGGCAAGAGUGGCAUGGGACAAGCACAAAGUCAGACUAUCUUUGAUCCGAGCUGUGAUGACUGUUUAGGAGGAGGCAGUCUCGGUGCUGAAAAUCUAAAACGCCAACCUGGACCCGGCUAUCCUGCAGGCUCCACGUAUCCCGUAGGCGGGCCCGGUCAGUCCCCGGGUGGUAUCGGGGGGUACGGGCCUGGUUCAAGAGAUGGGACCUACGGACGGACACCUACAGGAGCUGGGAAACAUGAUAAAGGCAGCACGGGUCCGUACGGUCAGACACCAGGCAGUGGGAUGCCCGGGACUUACGGACAAACACCAACGGGUACUGCUGAUGGCGGGCGAGGAACAGACACGUAUGGUCAAGGUGGUCCAGGACGGUAUGGCCAAACGGGCCCAGCAGGAUAUGACAGGAAUGGACCAACCGGUGCAGUAGGAUCAACUCCCGGUGGGCCUAAUAUGCCAGGAACUUACGGCCAAGUACCUGGGGGACUAAUGCCAGGACAAGCCACUCAUGGACCAUUACCAGGCGGAAGUGCUCCGGGCUAUAAUGGAGUUAAUGGGCCAAACAAUUACGGCCAGACUCCAGGCGGAACUCCUGGGGUUCCGGGCUCAUAUGGUCAAAUGCCUGGAGGACCUGGUGAGUAUGGAAGACAGGGACCGAAUACGGGUGGGCCUAUAGCAGGGGUCGGUGGGCCCCAGUCAGGACUGCCUGGGCGAAAUCAGAAUAAUGUUGGAGGGCCCGGUGGAGACGGUAGUUACGGACAUACGCCUGGUGGUGUUGGACCCAACCAAUAUCCUGAUAGAUCCUGGACAAGCGGACCCAGAGGACCCGGAGCUGAUGGUACUUAUGGACAACCUGGCCAAACAGGUGUUGAUGGAAGAUAUGGGCAGACGCCUGGUGCCAUCGUUCCCGGUUCACCAGGUUACGGUCAGACUCCAGGCUAUGCUACUGGCGGAGAUGGUACGUACGGGCAAGCUCCACGUGGCACAGGAGAUACCGGGUAUGGCCAGACACCAGUCGGUUCUGUUCCUGGAGGAACUCGGUACGGAGACGAUGCAAGAUAUGGUCAAACACCAGGCGGGAUACUACCAGGACAAAGAGGAACUAGUGGUAAUAUACCAGGAAAUUACCAAGGUGCCCAAAUACCAGGAGGAGCAGCAGAUGGACACGAUAGAAGGCCUGGAGAAUAUGGUGCAACCCCAGGUGCUAUAGGGCCUUAUAACCAAGCAGGUACUCCAGGCAAUACAUACGGUCAAAACCAGGGCGGAAUCAGUCCAGGACCAUAUGGCCCUGGAGGACCAGGUACAUCACAAGGUACACCGGGCAGUGGACCACAAGGACUUAUACUAAGUGGAGGAAAAUGGCCAAGUGCAGGAACUUUUCUUGGAGCCAAUGGCGAGACUAUUGUUUGCUGUAUCGUAGAUCCGAAAAGUGGUCAUUACCCAGGUAAUGUUGGUUAUGAUCAAAACGGCCCAAGAGGGACGCAAGGAGGUUAUAUACCAGGCGGAACGCAAGGUAACACUGGGGUACAAGGACCAGGUGGCCAUGCAGUCGGAGGACCACAAGGCCCCGAAGGUACUGGGACGGGUUAUAGACCAGAUGGAACGCAAGGUCAAGGCUAUGGACCUGGUGGUACACAAGGUAGUGGCACUUAUAUUCCUGGAGGUACCCAAGGUACUGGGGGAUAUAUGCCUGGGGGUACACAAGGAACUAAUUAUGGCCCGGGUGGAACACAGGGUCCCGGCGGAGUCCAAGGGCCAGGAACCUAUACACCAGACGGAACGCACGGCAUCGGCGGUGCGCCAAGACCAGGCUAUGGGCCAGGUGGAACACAAUUUACUGCACCUUAUGGCCCCGGAGGUACUCAAAACAUUGGACCAGGAGGGAAUCAAGGCACUGGUACUGGAGGAUACAGGCCAGGCGGUACAGGCUACGUUCCGGGCGGUGCACAAGGAACUGGACCCUACGGACCCGAGGGUACUCAAGGCACCGGUGGAUACGGACCAGGAGGUAUUCAGGGUGGAGGUCCUUAUGGACCUGGAGGAGUUCAAGGGACAGGUGGAUAUAAUGGACCCCAGGGCCCUGGAGGUUCACCAGGGACUGGAGGAUACGGACCCGGCGGUACACAAGGCACAGGUUAUGGUCCUGACGGAACCCAGGGCCCAGGAGGGGGCGUUGGAUCCGGCGGAUUUAGACCAGGGGGACCCCAAGGCCCGAGUGGUACACAAGGAAGUACCGGAUACACACCGGGAGGUACGCAGGGCACUGGAGGAUACAUACCAGGGGGUACACAAGGGACUGGCGCGUAUGUACCAGGAGGCACCCAAGGAGGAGGAUACAUACCAGGGGGUACACAAGGGACUGGAGGAUACGCACCGGGAGGCCCACAAGGUCCAGGAGGAUACAUCCCGGGGGGUACACAAGGCACUGGAGGAUACAUACCCGGAGGUUCACAAGGCACUGGAGGAUACAUACCCGGGGUAACGCAAGGAACUGGAGCAUAUUUACCAGGAGGAACACAAGGGACGGGCGGAUAUGUGCCGGGAGGAACUCAAGGGACGGGCGGGUAUAUGCCAGGGGGUACACAAGUGACCGGAGGAAACAUUCCUGGAGGUUCACAAGGAACAGGGGGAUACAUACCAGGUGGUACACAAGGGACAGGAUACACACCUGGCGGAACACAAGGGACAGGAUACACACCUGGCGGAACACAAGGUACAGGGGGAUACAUACCAGGUGGUACACAAGGGACAGGAUACACACCUGGCGGAACACAAGGAACAGGAGGAUACAUACCAGGGGGUACCCAAGGGACAGGAUACAUACCAGGGGGCACCCAAGGGACGGGUUACUUACCAGGGGGAUCUCAAGGAACAGGAUACAUGCCAGGUGGUACACAAGGAACAGGAUACACACCUGGCGGUACACAAGGGACCGGGGGAUACAUACCAGGCGGUUCGCAAGGGACAGGAUACACACCUGGUGGAACACAAGGAACAGGAUACAUACCAGGUGGUACCCAAGGGACAGGAAUCGUACCAGGUGGUACCCAAGGAACAGGAUACAUACCCGGCGGUACCCAAGGGACAGGAUACACACCAGGGGGCACACAAGGGACAGGAUACAUGCCUGGGGGAUUCCAAGGGACCGGUGGAAACAUACCUGGGGGUACACAAGGGACUGGCGGUUAUGUACCAGGAGGUACUCAGGGGAUCGGAGCAUACGGUCCGGGUGGGACAGGACAAAAUGUCGAUUAUAAUGGUAUACCCCAAAAUGUGAUUGAUCCAAACUCAAUCGCUGGUACUUUGGACGACGAUUCCGAAGCGUUAGCAUCUAUCUCCCAAGAUGUAAAUGGAACCAUCGCCAGUGCGUCAUCCAAAGGAGGAAAUGAAAAAGGACGAGCACAGACUCAAGUACAAGGGACGUAUACCGGAUCAGGCUCUUUCUCUGCCCAAGCACAAAUAAGUGAUGAGACCAAAGGAGCUCAAAGCGAAGUAAGCGGGGGCAAGCAGGGUGCAACCAGCAACGCUCAAGGCAAGGGCCGCAACAACAAGUCCCAGGCCAGUGUGCAGCUGGGUUCUGAGACGGGGUCUCUCCUCACACAAGCACAGAGCGGAGGCACGUCACACUCCUCCAACACACAAGUACAGGGCAGCGUCAAGGGCGGCAUGGCCGAUGCGCAAGCCAGGGGACCAGGAAGCACGCAGUCACAAGCACAAAUAGGAUUCACACCCUACAAAGAUGGAGACAAAAGCGUCCACGAAACACUAACGAACCCAUUCGUCGGAGGUGGCACCGCUUCAGCACAGUCCAGCGGGAAGAUCGGCCAGUCUCAGUCGCAGCUGCAAGGAACGUUCAAAUACGGUAUCACGUACAACGGCGCUGCGCAGGCCGGCUCCAGUCUAGACAAGGAUGCGGUCUUUCCAAAUAGAAUGCCGUUUAACAAAAUAGACGUGUUCGAUGAAAAUAAUAAAAACAUCAACAUCAGCGAACCGUCUAUUCCGAGUGCAGUCUUGCCUACUCCGCAAGGAAUUUCUAAUAUUGACAAUGAUAUAAAGACAGAAGCACCCUUAGAUAAGAAGGGCUCGCACCCUCACUCGGACCACCACCAGGCGGCGGCGGGCGCGGGCACGCCGGCGCCGGUGGGCAGCAGGCGCUCCUUCCCAUCCACACAUGUCAACAAUCCCGCCGAAUACGAGUACACAACUGACAAGGACGAGAUGGGAGACGAAUACGACCUCGAACCGGGUAUGGAGGCGGAAGGUGAUUACUCAAACUUCGACGAAUUCGGUCGCGACGAAACAGCUCAUCAGAACCUGCGCAGCUCGGGCAGGAAGAGCCUGGAAGUGAAGCAGAGCACGGGCGGCAGCACGCAGCACAUCCUGCUGGGCUCGCUGCGGGACCAGGACGCGGAGAUCACGCAGCGCAGCUCGGAGCAGCGGCCGGACUACAGCCGCGUGUACCAGCCGGGCGAGCGCGUGCCCGGCACCGGCGGCUACACCAUCCCGAUGGGCUUCACGGGCAGCGUCAAGUCCGUGUCUUCAAAAGACAGGACGUACGCGAUAGGCUCGCGGGACUCGCCGUCGCAGGCGCAGACGGUGUCGCUGAAGCCGGGCUCGGGCCGCGUCAAGUACAACACUUACCCGAAGUCGCCGACGUACUCGAGCUACGGGCAGAGCGUGAAGCCGAAGGACCUGAAGUCGCUGUACGGGGAGAAGGCGGACGACGGGCGCUACAUGACGGUGUCCAAGUCGGUGACGGGCGCGCUGGACGGCGACAACCACGUCAAGAAGCAGUACUCGCACACGUACUACAGCAAGGCGUCGUCGUGCGGCUACUUCACCUUCACGUGCAACCUGGUCAGCGGCUCCGGCGGCCGCAAGAAGGUGUGCCGCCCCAAGAUCCCCACCAACCCCGACGGGACGCCCAUGAAAUGCUAACGCGCGACGCUAACCAUAGUUUACAUUUAUAUCGCUUUAAGUAACUAGUAGUUAAUUUAUCAUUAUGUUACCAACUUUUUAAACCAUGUAAAAGUAAUAUGAAAGUAUUGUUGUAAGUAUGCAAGAGGUAUUUAAGUAUUUUAUAGAUCAUUCGACAGAUAUAAAUAAUGGUUGAUGACGGAUGAUUCUGAUGAAGAAAAUGCAAACAAUAUAAAUAAAUAAAAAUAUGUAAAUUAUCCCCAUAUAUCCGCCUCUGUGUAAUAUAUAAUUACCUACUUUAAUAAUAAAAAUUGAGAAAAUA